AGGCAAUAGAAAUCGGGUGAAGAAGCUGCUCAAGGAAUGGGGAAAGUACGGCGGAACCCUAACACGAGCCUUGUCAGAGGCGGCGAAGCAUGACAGGAAGAACAUCGUCAGUUAUUUAUUGAAGCGUAUGGACGUCGACCGCAUCAACUCAGCGGGGCGGACAGCUUUGAUAGAGACAGUUUUAGCCGGGCACGUGGGAGGAGCUGCGCUGCUGUUGGAGUGUAACGCCGACCCCAAUGUCUGCGAUUCUGUAACUGGAAACAGUCCGCUCAUUUUGGCGACUGAGUGCGGCAACUGUGAGAUGGUUGGCAUCUUGAUAACAAGGGGAGCGAAUCCGAAUUACAUAAACCCCAACAGAGGGAUGAGCGCUCUGAUGCUGGCGUGCCAACAAGGCCACCAGACGGUGGUGGAGACGCUGUGCAAUCUGCCGUCGUGUGAUGUGGAGCUCCUGAACGCCAAACGGCAGAAUUCCCUCAUGUUCGCGUGCACAUACGGCAGCGAAGGCGUCGUGGCUUUGCUGUUGGAUAAGGGCUGCCUGCUAGAUGUCGCGGACGACGAUGGCGCAACGGCUUUCCUUAAGGCAGCAGCGCACGGCCACCUUGGCAUUAUAAGGCAGUUGGUCAACAAAGGAUGCGGGACGGACGUCGUGGAUAAAGCAGGUCGAAACGCCCUAAGCUUGGCUCUCGCCAGCCAACACACGGAAGUCGUGGAGUUCUUCAGGACGGCGUCGGGUACGGAACAUCAGAAUCUCCCUGUGCACGUAGAGCGUAUCAAGGCAAAUAAUUGUGAUUCCUUGAAUGGAAGGCAGACCGCUCAAAAUGACGAAGACAAACCUGUAGAAAUUGAUGAGAUAGCGGACAAAAAGGGAGAGGUGGAUGGGGUUAUCGAUGACAUGGAAACGACCGAUGUUAAACUGGGCGGCCGGGACAUCAGACCGGUUGUGGUCAACGUGACGUCAUCCAUUAAUGACCCAGCUGGUGCAGAGGAGGAAAUAAAAGAGGCGACUCUUGGACCCAACGAUUGUGGGAAUGAGAGUUGUGAAGAAAAAGAGGCAGACACCACCGACUUGGUGAAUAGAUCCAAAGGUCGGGAACUCUGCAAGGAAUAUCCCAAAGGUAGGUGGUCUCUUUGUUGCGUCGUGGUCAAAUGUUAUCUUUGCCAUUUUGAUUUUUUUUAAAGUUGAAAAGUUUCAAACUCUAAAGAACUCCUCUUUUUUUUUUCUUUUUUUUCACAAUUUUUGCGUGUUUACUUUUUGUCAAAUCUUGUAACUCAAUUUUUCGACCUGUUCCCUUCUUGAAAUUGUACGUUGUUACUCAAUCCCGGUUACAAUCCAACCCUACUUGAUCAGUAGGUCGUCAAUGACAUGACUUACCCUUGCGUGGCCUAGCAAGUCAAAUAUUUUUUAAAAAAUGAGAUUUUAAGACAUCAGAGCGCUGUUAGUAUGCUUAAAUAGCACGGAGACAAGCGCUAUCCAAAUAUGCAAUCAUCAUUUUGCAACUCCAAUUCGACCCACUUCAUAAACUCUUAUUGAGCUGAAUAAAAAAAGAACAUUGCUUUAAUGGGCGCCCCUACCCCCCCCCCCCGCACCUUUAAAAAAACAUAUGGCUAUAACUAAAAAAAAAAAAAAAUUGCUUUUAUGGGCGCCCCCACCCCCCCCCCCCCCGCACCUUUAAAAAAACAUAUGGCUAUAACUACUCUGAAAUGUUGGGGAGCUCUUAUUGUAUUCUUUUUGGUAUAUUUCUUCGGGAAAAGCAUGUUUUUAUUAUGUGUUUGUUUAAUGUACAUUAUAUUAUUUUAUUCAGUAUCAUUUAUGUUUUGUUAUAUGCGUGUCGUAAAAUGUUGAGUUGUUUGUUGAGCUCACACACUUAGCUCCAGUCAUUCAAUAUCGACUUGCUCUGAUGAGCUCACACACUUAGCUCCAGUCAUUCAAUAUCGACUUGCUCUGUUGAGCUCACACACUUAGCUCCAGUCAUUCAAUAUCGACUUGCUCUGAUGAGCUCACACACUUAGCUCCAGUCAUUCAAUAUCGACUUGCUCUGUUGAGCUCACACACUUGGCUCCAGUCAUUCAAUAUCGACUUGCUCUGUUGAGCUCACACACUUGGCUCCAGUCAUUCAAUAUCGACUUGCUCUGUUGAGCUCACACACUUGGCUCCAGUCAUUCAAUAUCGACUUGCUCUGUGGAGCAUCAACCCUCCUACCUAGCUCACACACUUGGCUCCAGUCAUUCAAUAUCGACUUGCUCUAUGGAGCAUCAACCCUCCUACUCUCGACCCCAGAGAAAAAAAUACCUUAAUUUGUGCGAAAACGGAUAAAUCCAGAUAUUUAGCUCAAAAUGCUUUUUUUUUUUUUUUUAUUAUUAAAAAAAAGAACAGUGCAACGGAGCAUGAAAAACUGUUUGCUUGGAGCAGCUGACAAUUUAAACAGCCUUGACUACUUGUCAAAUGCACCCCUUUCCUUCUUUUUAUUUAGCCCAAAAUGGUUUUUUUUUUUUUUUAUUAUUAAAAAAAAGAACAGUGCAACGGAGCAUGAAGAACUGUUUGCUUGGAGCAGCUGACAAUUUAAACAGCCUUGACUACUUGUCAAAUGCACCCCUUUCCUUCUUUUCUGUCAACGCACGUGAUUUUACCACCAUCUGGUGUGACGCGUUUCCAUUUGGUCAAAUCAAAAAAGUACUCUUUGCCAUGGAGUUUUCUACCUCUUUCAAAUGAAUGCCCUACCCUGUUAUUGCUUAAUGCAUACUAUGCACAGACUCUCCCUCCUUCUAUCGCUUCAACAUCACUGUCUAAUCCAUGAGGUGGAUAAAACAAAUUCGCGGACGGGAUGGUGCCCGCGGUCCGUAUUUCGGUGACCAAUGGCUAAACCUUUGAGCUUUCUAUUUUAAAAGUAAACAAAUAGGAGGAAUUAUUGCCUGUGCUUCAAUUUUAUGCUCUUACCCGAUUUUUCAACUUCGACCCAACAAUAUAUCACCCCACAACUUGUUCAAAUAUUUGAUAACCAGCAUACUUUUUGCUUAUUUCCAGCGAGGACCUUCCCGAGGAGAUCAAAGUCCACAUUGACCGAACAGGAGCAUUCAAUGCCUCCCAACACUUUAAAGGCGGGGAGCCAUCUCCCUCCAGUGGACCUCAUUGAUAACCAGGACAUAAAAAAGCCAGUGUCUGCUAAAAGAAAGAAUGGAAAACGCUCAAAUGACAAAAACGAUAAGUACGAUUUAAAAAAAAAAUAA